AUGUCUCGAGAGACUGGAAGUGAAGCGCAGCAGUCUCAAGGUGCCCAGCAGUCACAGAGUGGUACCAGUUCUUCCAGUGGGUCACAGAGUACUAGUCAGUCUUCCUCAAGUUCUGGGACCCUCAGUUCUUUGGACACCGUUCCCACUCAGGAGCUUCCGCCAAUCCCUGAGGACCAGGAAUCUGAAGAGCUUGUUCCUCAGCCUUGGGGUCGACUCUUUGCACUUGGAAAAGGUUUCAGCAAUUGUGACUGUGUGAAUGAUGAAUACUGGUUUGGAAGAGAUAAAAGCUGUGAUUAUAGUUUUUCUAAGCUAGGAUUGUCUGAGACUGGCUUCUACCAAAACUAUAGCAAGAAGCAUUUCCGAAUUUUCAGGGAAAUGGGUCCAAAAAAUUCCUAUGUUGCCUACAUUGAAGACCACAGUGCAAAUGGAACUUUUGUUAAUAGAGAGCUCAUUGGAAAAGGGAAGAGGCUUCCACUGACUCACAACUCUGAAAUUGCACUGUCUCUACAGACUAAUAAGGUGUUUGUAUUUUCUGAUCCUAUGGUGGAUGACCAGUUGGUGUUUCCUAGAGAAUUCAGAGAGAAAUAUAUCAUGUCAAAGACUUUGGGAAGUGGUGCCUGUGGAGAAGUCAAACUGGCAUUUGAGAAGAGCACUUGCAAUAAAGUUGCGGUAAAGAUAAUCAAUAAACGGAAGUUUAUGGCAAGUGGUAUUAGAGAGGCAAACCCAGCUUUUAAUAUCAAUACAGAAAUUGAAAUUCUGAAGAAAAUAGAUCAUCCUUGUUUAAUCAAGAUCAAAAACUUCUUUGAAGCAGAGGAUUACUACAUUGUUUUGGAACUGAUGGAAGGAGGAGAAUUGUAUGACAGAGUGUCAAGGCCAAUCAAGAUGAAAGAAGAUACCUGCAAGUUGUAUUUUUAUCAGAUGCUGCUGGCUGUAAAGUAUCUUCAUGACAAUGGAAUUAUACACCGGGAUCUAAAGCCGGAGAAUGUGCUACUUUCAUCUUCUGAAGAGACAUGUCUUAUAAAG